UAAAACUUCAUAAAGUUAUUAUUUGUAUUUACUACUGCAUAUUAUUAUACAAGAGAUUAUUAUAUAAACUGGGUAUAUGUAUACAUUUAGAUUGAUAUAUGCUAACUUAAAAUUCUUAUAGUAAUGAAAAAGUAGAUUGUGUUAAUAAUAUGAGUAAACGUAAGAACCCGUCGUAUAAUGGCAAUGUCAAUGCAGCAUUCUGUAAUUUUUUAAUAGAAUUGUCAGAGUAUGAGAAAAAUGUAAGCCGUAAUAUACAUAAGUACAAUGCGUAUAGAAAAGCAGCAACUGUAUUAGCUACCCAUCAAAAAAGAAUUGAGUCUGGAGAGGAAGCUAGGAAAUUAAAUGGAAUUGGAGAUAAGAUAUCAAAGAAAAUUGAUGAAUUUCUUCAUACUGGCAAAUUAAAAAAAUUGGAAAAUAUUCAUCAAGAUGAAGAGGCGCAAGCUGUAAGCUUGCUAACUCGGGUAUCUGGCAUUGGGCCUGUUAAGGCAGCAGAACUUGUCAGAGCAGGCCUUAAAUCAAUAGAACACCUAAGAAAAUAUCAGGAUAAACUGAACCAUCAUCAAAUAAUUGGUUUAAGACAUUUUGAAGAUUUUGAAAAGAAAAUUCCGAGAUCUGAGAUUAAGAAAGUAGAAGAGGUGAUAAUGAAACAGAUUACCUCUAUAGAUGCUGAAUUUACUAUAACUGUUUGUGGUAGUUACAGAAGAGGUAAAGAAAAUUGUGGUGAUAUAGAUGUUUUGGUUACUCAUCCCUUGGUGAAGGUAGUUGAAGAAAAAAAAAAGCCUAAAGAUCAAAUAUUAAAAAAACUGAUUGAUAAAUUAAAUAGCAGUCUCAUCACUGACACCAUAUCUAUGGGAGAUACUAAAUUCAUGGGUGUUUGUCGAUUAACAAACAAAUUACCGUAUCGCCGCUUGGAUAUCAGACUCAUUCCAUGUGUGCAAUAUUAUUGCGCAGUCCUGUACUUUACUGGGAGUGACGUGUUCAAUAAGAAUAUGAGAGCGCACGCAUUGGAACAGGGAUUUACGUUGAAUGAGUAUUCCUUGCGUCCCAUAGGUGUUACUGGUGUCCCGGGGGAACCAGUGCCCAUUACGUCGGAAGAAGAGAUUUUUGAAUAUAUUAACUAUCCUUAUAAGAAGCCUGAAGAACGAAAUUUGUGA